GGUGGCGGCGGCGGAGAGGAGGAGGAGGAAGAAACGAGGAGGAGCCACCGCCAACGAUCACCACGACGACGACGACGACGAAGAGGACGACGACGACGACGACGACGACGACGAGGAGGACGACAACGAGAUGCGCGAAUUUAAAGUUGUCGUGCUCGGCUCGGGCGGGGUGGGCAAGAGCGCGCUCACCGUUCAAUUCGUGUCCGGAUGCUUUAUGGAGAAAUACGAUCCAACGAUCGAGGAUUUCUAUCGCAAGGAAAUCGAAGUCGAUAGCUCGCCUUGCGUACUCGAAAUUCUCGACACCGCCGGUACCGAGCAAUUUGCGAGUAUGCGCGACCUUUAUAUAAAAAAUGGUCAGGGUUUCGUCGUCGUUUACAGUCUGACGAAUCAUCAGACCUUUCAGGAUAUCAAAGCGAUGAAGGAGCUUAUAACUCGUGUCAAAGGCACCGAACGAGUACCCGUACUACUUGUUGCCAAUAAGCUUGACCUAGAACAUCAACGAGAAGUCGACACCGCCGAGGGAAAUGCAUUGGCACAACUUUGGGGUUGUCCUUUCGUCGAGGCGUCCGCUAAAAAUCGUACGAACGUCAACGAGAUGUUUGCUGAAAUUGUGCGCGAAAUGAACUUUAGUCCCGAAAAAGAGAAGAAAAGCUAUUGCUGCUGCAGCGUCCUCUAAUACUUAAUCAAACGUUUCUUUUUACCGGCAAUUCGUUUAUUCGUAUAAUUAUAGAUAGCUACGUUAAACUGGCUAAUUGGCACGAACUACCUAACGAAUCUUUAUCUUUCUUUUUCUUUUUCCUUACUUCUUUCUUCUUUUUUCUUCUUUCUUUUGUUUCUUUCUUCCCUUUCAAAUCUGUCAGGUUAUGCGACCAAUUCGACUAUCCUACCAAACUAAUUUCUUUUGGAUUCUACCAAGAAUUUUGGAAAACAACUUUAAGAACUUGCAGCUGCCCAUUGGAUGCUUUUUUCUAACCGCAAAAUUUCUUUUCCUCUCUCUCCUUUCUUUCUCUUUUCUUUUUUCCUCUUUCAUAAUUUCAUUAUUUUUUCUCUUAGAGCUCAGCCAAGCCAUGCGACGAAUUCGCCAACCUUCGAGACUAAUUUGUGAUUGUACUGAGAAUUUUUGAAAGCCAACGUUAAGGACUAUAUAUGCUAGUUCGGUUCUUUUUCUAUCGGAGGAUCAAGGUCUGCCGCUUUUGGUGACCAUCAAACGGAUAUUUUAAUAUACAUGGAUAGUAUUAUAUGUAAUAUUAUUGUAAUAUAUAAUGGUACAUGUAAGGGAGCAUAGAAAAGGGGGCGAAUUUCUUUGGUAACGGACCAAUAUUCCAAAGUGACGAACAUGGAUAAAGCCAAGAGCAACAUUUCAACUGGCCUGCGUUUGUUAAACCAAACUCGAUGUUAAUACUGUCUUUGAACAUUGUUCGUUGUAUGCUGGUCGAUCUUAAUUCAUUUGGAAUUGGAGAACGUAAGAGUAGCUUGCGUUUUUUUUUUCCCUUUUAAGAAAGUCACUGUGAUGGUCGACUGUCCUUACGACGACGGUCGUGCUCUUUCUCUUGUGAAGAAAAUUUGGAGUGACCUUCGUAAGAUACAUUAAACGGAUAAGAGGUUUUAACAAUUUAUAAGUUUUUAUAAGCAUCAUCGAGGGAGAAGAGAUCUGUAGAAGUUAUAAACGAUUUUGGUUUGUACGCAGGACCAAGAUGUUGAUCUUGGACAAGUUUUGUGCAAUGAUUUGCGUCAAUAGUAUGUUACCUAUGCUUAAGUGUCGGAGGCCUCUUUAAAGGAUAUGUCGUAUAAAAAAAAUCACAUACGACUUAUUUUAGUGGCUUUCGUAUUAGUUGUACAGUACACUAGUUCUAAAGAAAUAUUUUAUAGAAAUGAAGCAAAUAAGAAGAACAUCGUAAAUGGAUAUUGAAAAAUUGCGUUUGAGGUUUCAAUGUUUUGCUAAAUAUCCAUAAUUAUCAAAUGCGAUCUUUCUUCUAUGAUAUUCUUCUACUUUUACUUUCUACUCGUACUUUAUAUAAUUAUGUUGAGAUCUUUCUUGCAUAUCGCUUGCAAUAAAUGAAAAAUCGUUGGUGGCUUGAGUAAAACGCGAUGGCGACAAAACUGCGAUAUAUUAAUCUUUUUCGAAUUAAAUUUUGCCAUUUCUGACUUUUAUAUCAUUUUAAUCCAAGAAAAAAUGAUCUUAUCAUCAUAUCAUUUUAUAUUACUAAAUUCGGAAAGAAAAAAAAGAAACAAAAAAUUUAAAUUCAUGAUUAUGCAAAGAUUGCAGAGGCACAUUGAUCCCAACGAUUAUAUCCAAUAUGUGGUACUUGUAACGAUGUCCAAAGUGUCCGUUGCUUUAUACAAACGCAGUAUCUCCUGGCGCAAUUCUACAUCGUCAAAUGAGUCAAAGGAAAUAUAUAAAGAGAGAGAGAGAGAGAGAAAGAGAGAGAGAGAGAGAGAGAGAGAGAGAGAGAGAGAGAGAGAGAGAGAAAUAUCGAUGAGUGUAAAGAAGAAAAAGAGCAGUUCUCCCUAUACGUAGCAGUAGAUCGUGUGUAAUUUUCUCGUGUGAUCAAAAUCAUAUAAUACGAUGUUAAAUAUCGCUUUAAUACCAUUACAGUCAUUACAUA